UUCUCAAGGAUCUCUCAUCCUUCUCCCUAACGUACUCCUGCACCCUGUCUCUCCAUUUCACUGGAGGUCGUCCUCUAACAUUCCCUCCCUCAAUCUCACAUACACCCUUCUGGUCAUCUUACUCUCCUCCAUUCGCUCCAUGUGGCCAAACCACUUUAAAAUCACUUAUUCCCUUCACCCCCGUGACACAUUCCAAAACGCUCAUACACACUUUCAUUACUUAUUCCAUCCAUUCUACUCACACCACAAGCACUCCUCAAAUAACUCAUUUCCACUGCCUGCACUCUAGACCUCUGACUUUCAUUCAAGGCCCUUGUUUCACUUGCAUAUGUGAGGGUUGGUACUAUUAUUGUAUUUUCAACUGAUAACUGAUCCAAGGUACUUAAACUCAUUGACCUCCUCCAUUUCUUCACCAUUCAGAAUUAUUUUGCAUUCUUUUUCACAUUCAGUUCCCACUCUAUAUGGGCAUACAAAAUCUACAACUUCACUUCUACUCCCCUCACAAACCAUCACUUUACUUUUGUUGACAUUUACUUUCAGCUUUCUCCUUUUACAGACGCUAUGAAAAUCACUGACCAAGUUUUGUAAGUCACUUUCAUUUUCUGCAAUGAGCACUGUGUCAUCAGUAAACAGGAUUGAAUUCAGCACCCACUUCCUUCCCUCAGCAUACAUUUUUACUCCAACUUUGCCCUUUAUUUCUCUCAUGACACCAUCCAUAUAAAUAUUGAACAAUCAUGGUGACAUGACACGCCCCUGCCUUAAUCCCACCUUUAUCUCAAAAUGUUCACUUGUUUCUCCACCAAUUUUGACACAUGCAGAUGCAUCCUCAUAGAAAGACUUUAUUGCACUAAGCAGUUUUCCUCCCACACCAUAAAUCUUUAAAACAUCCCACAAUGCAAUCCAAUCGAAUCUGUCAUAAGCUUUUUCAAAGUCCAUGAAGGCAGCGUAUAGUUUCUUUCCUUUUGCUAUUAUUUUUUCUACUACCAUCCUGAAGGAAAAUAUCUGAUUGAUUCCAUCAGUUCCUGAUGCUUUUCCAUUUUGUAAUCUUUUUAAUGCCUGAUUUACUUCAUAUGUUAUACUUCUUUCUUUAUAUACUCCUCCUCUACCUCCGCUCAAAACUGUUGCUGUUACAGCUGCUGGACGUCCAUCAUCAAAACUCAUUAAGUUUUUGAAAUAUUCUCUCUAUGUCUCUUUCACAGCUUCCCCGUCUUUGAACAUCUUUCCAUUCUCACCCAUAACUUCAUUAAUUUUCCUUGGGGAGAUAUUAUUGGGGUGAUGCUUUUCCUUCAUAUUUUACUUCUUUCCAAUAUGAUUUCCUGUUCCCUUUAUAUUUUUCACUUAGUCUUUUCCAAAGUCUUCACCAACUCUCUUCUUACUUUCUUUUAUUGCUUGUUUUAAUUUCAUUUUGCAUUCUCUAUAUUUCUUUUUCCUUUCUCUUUUUACUUGCUCAACCACAUUUCUUUCUUAAGUUUUCUUUAAAAAGUUCCCUUUUCUCUUUUACUAUCCUCCUUAUCUCUUCUGUCCACCAUGAAUUUCCUUUUCUUUUUCCAUCUCUCACCACUUUCAUCCCUAACACUUUUUUGUUGUAGUUAACACUACUUCUUUAAAUGUUCCAAAUGUUCACAGCUUGGAGUAAAGGAGUGAGCUGCGAGAGAUGUGAUGACUGGUACCAUGUGGGCUGCAUGGUGGUAAAGGGCGCGGUAAAGCCCGAACACAUGAAGAUCUUGAAAUGCAAGAACAUAUGGUUUGUGUGUGAAACGUGUCAAGAAAGAACAAGGAGAGAGUGGAAGGAAAAAGAUAAGAAAACAAGAAAAGAGGAGGAAGCGGCAGACGCCAAGAGACAUCCCCCUGGCGAUGAGGUGGAGAAGGCAGAGCCAGUGGUGGCUGCGGAUCACAACUACCACAAGGGCACCGCAGCCAGCGAGGAUGCAGGGAAGAUGGAGGAAGGAGCAGAGGCGGGAGAGAAGAAGGAGGCUGCACCAGGGACGGAGAAUAAGAGGAAACCAGCAGCAGUGAAGGAGAAGGAGGCUGAACCAGGGACGGAGAGUGAGAAGGAGGCAGAAGCAGCAGUGAAGGAGAAGGAGGCUGCACCAGGGACGGAGAGUGAGAAGGAGGCAGAAGCAGCAGUGAAGGAGAAGGAGGCUGAACCAGGGACGGGGAGUGAGAAGGAGGCAGAAGCAGCAGUGAAGGAGAAGGAGGCUGCACCAGGGACGGAGAGUGAGAAGGAGGCAGAAGCAGCAGUGAAGGAGAAGGAGGCUGAACCAGGGACGGGGAGUGAGAAGGAGGCAGAAGCAGCGGGGAAGGUAAGGCAGGGUGCAGCAACUCCAGAAAGUCCAGAAGAAGGCAAAGGAGCAGCAGCAGAGAAACAGGAGGUAGUAACUACACCAGAGGUAAGUGUGGAGGAGGAAGUUUCAUCAACAGGCCCACCAGCGAGGAACAGGGAAGCCGCAGGAGAGACAACAGGGGUCCAGACAGGAGGGGAGAAGGGAGCAACAGGAAAGACGUCAGGGGUUAAGGAAGGGAGAGAAACAACAGCAGCAACCCAGACGGCAGGGGUGAGGAGAAAAGGAGCAGCAGAAGUCAACCAAAAGAACGAGUCUGGCCAGCACUUCACCCCAUGGGUCGGGGUGGGGAGCCAAACCUGGCAGAAGAUUAGAAAAUUACAUAACGCUGAAAAGAAAGUUGUGUGAAUAAGAAGGGAGGAACGAGAGGAGGAGGACCUAAGAAGCGAUACAAAGCGUUACAGGUCAAAAGAAGAAGAAGAAGAAGAAGACGGCGAAGGGGCUCCCAUAGCACCGUUAAAAAUGCAUAAGUAUUGCAACAUGGUGGAUUACAGCGGGAGGAAAGGCAUCACCUAAUUUAUCUGCCUCGUCUAGACGAAUUGGAGGCGUGUAAUGAUUUGAAACUCAUCCUGAAAUAUCUGUGGGCUGUGCUGACCGUGCUGAGAU